UCCUUCUCACUUUCAUCGAUUCUUACCAAAAACCACCAAAUUUUUUUCCCACCAUUAAUAUUAAUUAAUAAAUAUAAUAAAUUAAUUCCAUCAAUUCUCCCAAUCUUUCAAACUUCAAACCCGAUCGGAGAUGGGUGGCGUAACGUCAUCAAUGGCGGCGAAGUUUGCGUUCUUUCCGCCGAAUCCACCGUCGUACACGGUGGUGGAAGGAGGCGGGAGCAGGUUGAGGAUGACGGGUGUUGUGGAGAGAGAUAACGUCGAGGUUUUGAAGGUGAAGACGAAACGGGGGACGGAGAUUGUGACGGUUUUUGUUAAAAACCAAACGGCGUUAAUGACGGUGUUGUAUUCUCAUGGUAACGCGGCUGAUUUGGGUCAGUUGUAUGAGUUGUUUUGUGAACUCAGUGUUCACCUCCGAGUUAACUUGUUGGGGUAUGAUUAUACGGGAUAUGGCCAAUCUUCCGGUAAGCCAACUGAACACAACACAUAUGCCGACAUAGAAGCUGCAUACAGAUGUCUUGUAGAGACAUACGGAGUGAACGAAGAAGAUGUUAUAUUAUACGGUCAAUCCGUUGGUAGUGGGCCCACUAUUGAUUUGGCGUCACGCUUAUCAAGAUUACGGGCUGUUGUUCUUCACAGCCCAAUCUUGUCUGGACUUAGAGUCUUGUAUCCUGUGAAAAGAACAUAUUGGUUUGAUAUAUACAAGAAUAUUGAUAAGAUAGCAUUCGUCCAAUGCCCGGUUUUGGUAAUUCAUGGAACUGCGGAUGAUGUUGUAGAUUGCUCUCACGGUAAGCAGCUUUGGGAGCUAUGCGUAGACAAGUACGAACCGUUAUGGGUAAAAGGCGGUAACCACUGCGAUUUGGAGCUCUAUCCCGUGUACAUAAGACACCUUAAAAAGUUCAUAUCAGCCGUUGAAAAGUCAACCCGUUUGCAAAACUCAACCGGGUCCAUCACACAUAACGUUGAUAAACACCGUAUGAGUACAGACUGUAGAGACUACCCAAGAGCAAGCAUAGAGCGGCCAGACCACACGAGGCCAAGCACAGACUGUAGAGACAAGCCAACAUCCAGCGUUGACCAAGGAGAAAAGUCAAAGAAGAGUGUGGAAAAUGUCGGAAAGUCAACGACUGUCGUUGACCAACCCGAGAAAGCAAGGAACAGCAUUGAUCGGUUUGGCGGUAUGGUCCGAACCGUUGUGUUGUGCAAUAUCAAUUGUUUCAAGCCGAAUGGAGCCGCAGAAGUUGGAAAAUCAUAACAUCAGAAAUGAAAUCUUGAAGGUAUACAAGGAUUGGAGGGAUAAUUUCAUGAAACUUGUUUAUUAAACUAAAUAUUUAUUCAUAUUCCCAGCUCCUUACGCUAGGUACAGUUUAAGCGUGUAGGGGUGUUCAUGGUCUGGUUUGGCCGGUUUUGAGAAAAAUUCUUGACCAAACCGCUAAUUGCGGUUUUGGGGAACAACAAAACAAUCAUGCCGGGUUGGGUGGGCCAGACUGGUUUGGCCGUUUAACGGUUUGGUUUUAGCGGGUUGUUACCAAUUUUUUUCUCCUUCAAAAUAUUAGUUUGUAUUAAAAGUUUAAAGUAAUAAAGAUGGUUCGUGAUUAUAAGUCAA